AUGUCUGCAACUGCCCAACCUACAAAUAAUGAACGAACAAAUAAUCCAGCUCCUAUUAAUACCUCAAAAAGUAAUGACAGUCCGAAUAUUCCAGUUACAUCGAAUUCUUUUAUCCCGUCACAUUUAUAUCCAUCAUGGGAAACGGGUUCAAGUAUGGAUUUACGUGUAUACAUUUCAGAAGAGGAGAAUUUUACUGAUUUCAGAAACCUUGAUGUUCUCAUAUGGCACGCUCCAUCUAUUCAGCUUGGAAAUUGGGAUGAUGAAAGAGACAUAUCAACGGACAUUCAAACUUCUGUGAAUGUGCGAAAUAAUGGCACCUUGUAUGCACAUAUCUAUCUUACUCUUAAUAAGGCUUCUCCAGAUCCAACAGAUCCAGCAUUUCAAGAAAACAUGAGAACAAAAUCAAGCGAAAUCCCGAUAGUAUCGUAUUGGCAUCAAAAUCUUACGCUUAAUCUCAUUUCAGAUAAUACUGUCCUUCCAUAUAGUCAAUUACCGCCCGUAGUCGCAUCACAUAUUCAAUUGGAUAAAACUACCUUACUGGAUCCUUCCAGCAAAGCUGGAUAUUAUCUUCCAGUUUUAUUUGUUAAUGAUUUCUGGGUUCUCAAAGAACACUUGAUGCCUAUUAAUGAAACAGUCGAGGAAGUGCUUUUAAAUAUUAAAUAUUAUCCUAUCUCAAUGUGGAAAUUCCAAAUAUAUGUUCAAAUGGGAGAAUCAUUCAGAGCACAAGCAGAAAUGAUGGGCGGAGAUGCACAUAGUGAAUUUGAUGAAAUUAAAAGAAUGUUAAGAGAGACAAAUCCAAUUCUAUUAGGUGUAACAUUUACGGUAUCAUUAUUGCAUAGUAUUUUUGAAUUCUUGGCCUUUAAAAAUGAUAUUGCUCAUUGGAGAAAUAAGGAAGAACUGACAGGAGUCUCGGUCCGAUCUAUUCUAUUGAAUAUAUUCUUUCAGUUAAUAAUAUUUUUAUAUUUAAUGGAUGAUAAUAGCGAUACGAGUUGGAUGAUUUUGAUUGGUCAAGGAAUUUCAGUUGCUAUUGAAGUAUGGAAAAUUAAAAAGGCUGUUGAUGUUAAAAUUAAUCCAUCUCAAGGAUUUUUCAAGUAUUCAAUAAAAUUCGUAGAUAAACAUAAACUUUCAGAGAGUGAAGAAAAGACGAAGGAAUAUGACAGACUUGCUUUUAAAUAUUUGUCUUGGAUAGCUUAUCCAUUACUUACUUCUUACGCCAUUUAUAGUCUUGUUUACAAUUCACAUAAAAGUUGGUAUUCCUUUGUUUUGUCAACUCUUGUCGGGUUCGUCUAUGCAUUUGGCUUUAUAAUGAUGACUCCACAGUUAUUUAUCAAUUAUAAACUUAAGAGUGUUGCGCAUAUGCCUUGGAAAACACUUAUGUACAAAACGCUUGGUACAUUUGUGGAUGAUUUGUUUGCUUUUUGCAUUAAAAUGCCUACUUUGCAUCGUUUGGCAUGUUUGAGAGAUGAUGUUGUCUUCUUCGUGUAUCUGUAUCAAAAAUGGAAAUAUCCAAUUGACCAUAAGAGAGCAAACGAAUAUGGGCAGGUUGCGUCUGAAAAUCAAAUAGAUCAAAUAGAUCAAGGAUCCCAACCGGAAAGCAAAAAAGAUAAAUAA